AUGAUGCUACGUGACAGACCAAGAGCCCGCCGACGUUUGCCACCCGCCCAUGCAAGGACCCACACACGGAGACAUCCACGCCGACGGAAUCAUACUCCCCCGCCCUCGUACGACAAUCUGUUUCCUCACCACUCAGACGGGAGGGAAGACCUCGAAACUAUCCGCGCCCGGCAUCCCCCAAAGCGUCCCUUGAAUGCGCCCAUACCAACAGACUCGCCCAUCGAAGCGGCUUACCUUGCUGGCGCGACUGCGUCCUCUGGCAUGCUCAGAGCCGUCCAGGACGAGACGCACCCUUACAUGGUCAUCGCACGUGCUGCCCAAGCCAUCUCCAUCGCCGCCUCUACCUCACAGUCCCACGCUGCCUUGCUUGCUGCUCUGAACACCAUGGAAACCCACGCCAUGCUUUCUUACGAGGACGACGAACGGCGCAGAUUGGCAUCUGAUGAUGAAGGAGCACGGAUAUUACUGGUCAAUUCCAUUGAAACUGCUGUUCGCCGAGCCUUGGCUCAGGCGCCGCCUUCAAACUCCUUCAUUUCGCACCACGAACUGCAAUCUGCUGGACUAGUUCCUCCCGACAUGACACUGGCUGCUAGGGCUGUCGUGGAAGCCGUCAUCCUGAAUGGCCAUAUUUAUCGACCGUCACAGUAG